AUGCACGAGAGAAAUAUAUAUAAAACACCUCCAGAUUUUGCAAAACUAGCAGAACAAUAUGAAGAAUUUGCCAAGUUUGUUACCAUCUCAUCUGACGGUAGGGGACAUAUUAACUUCAAAGAUGCUGAAGCCCUACGAGAGCUCACAUAUACACUUCUACGACAUGAUUUUGGACUAACACUUGAUAUUCCCUUGGAUCGUCUGAUUCCUACAGUCCCUUUGAGACUUAACUACAUUCUAUGGAUUGAAGAUUUGAUUUCGGGUGAAGAAAAAGACGAGACAAACAUUAAAGGACUGGAUAUAGGUUGUGGUGCCUCAUGCAUAUACCCACUACUUGGAGUGAAACUGAACAAGUGGAAAUUCAUUGCCAGUGAAUUUGAUGAUUUGUCAUAUUCAUAUGCUGAAAAGAACAUUGCUGCCAAUAAUUUUGCAGAGGAUAUAUCCCUGAGAAAAGGAAGCAAAGAUAUUCUUCUUAAAGAUAUUGUGAACCCUGAUGAAACUUACACAUUCACCAUGUGCAACCCCCCAUUUUUCAGUGACAGACAAGAAGCCUCAGGUGAUAACUCUAGGACAGACAGUAGACCACCACCUCAUUCAAUCUGCACUGCAGUUGAAAAUGAAACUGUAACAGAGGGUGGUGAAGUUGCAUUUGUUAAAAAAAUAAUAAAGGAAAGCCUAGUGUUGAAAGAAAAAAUAAGUUGUUAUACUACCAUGCUUGGUAAAAAGGCUAGUUUAAAGGUAUUAAGGCAGUUUUUGAAGGAGCAUAAGGUUCCUUCUGUGACUUCAACUGUUUUUCAACAAGGUAAAACUACAAGAUGGGGAUUAUGUUGGAGCUUUAGCAAAAAUUUGCAGAUAUCCCAACGAAGUCAGUCAGGUGCUGGAACCAAGACAAACCAAACGCCGUUUACAUUUACUGUUACCAAAGCGGACGUUACUAGACGCCAAGAAGCAAGCAGAAAUCAGCAAGAUCCAGCUGAAGAAUCAACAGCAAUCCAGUUUAUAAGCCACGAAAUAAAGAAACUUUUGAAAGAUUUGCGGAUUGAGUUUGAGGCAUCAUCGGUGUUCAAUAAAAGUGGCGACUUUGAUCCUGUCUUCACUGGUGGAGCCUGGGAAAACACGUGGAGCCACCAAAGACAAAAGCGAAGGAUGGAAAAGAGGCAAAGAACUAGUAGUAGCGAGGUUUGUAAUACUGAAGUAAACAGUAAGGAUGUUGUUCAGUCGAUUAACCAUGAGACUGUCAGCAAUUCUAGGGAGCCUACCAUUCUUAGUGAUAGUCCAACUGCCUUGCCUUGUAAAGUAGAAGAGAAGGAAGAUGCCACUGAUAGUCAAAAGGGCCAUUCUGAUAGUGAGGGAAAGAAGAAGCCAAACAUUGGACAAAAACGUGCCUUCCCUGUUACGUUUCAAACGGUGAAAGGCUCUACUGACAAGCCUCUUUUCAAAUUUAAAAUUGUUGUAUCUAUAGACACGAACACUAUUGGCGUCGAAGCUGAAACAAUAAAAGUAGACGUGAUAUGCUUAGAAGGGAACCGCGAGAGUAUGCACCAGCUUUUUAUGUUUCUACGAAAUAAGCUUAAUGGUUUACAGCCGCAAAACAAGAAGAAAGAAAAGUGACUGCAUCCAACAGGCUGCUGUUCUGCAAAUUAAUAUUGUUUUAUUCUAAGUUUAAGACCCCGUUUACACGAGACCGGUUCCAAAAAGAUCCGUAUCCAUUUGAGCUCACUUCCUCCUGUUCACACGAGACCGUCUCCAAAAAAGUUCACUUCGCAUUCUGUUCACACGAGACGUGAACUCAAGAUCGUUUGUGAAAGAAAGCUCAAAACACUCGAGUCGAAUGCCCCUAUAACCGUGACAACAAAAGUGAAAAGGCGCCAAAUUCGCUUCGCUGUCGCUUUAAUUCUAAAGUUACUCCGCCAGGUUUCUGUUCUCCCAGGCCUCGUUCAGAAGGUUCUUCUCUUCUAUUUCUUUUCAAUAUUCAGCUUGUGCAAAACGAUCUCAUAUCGUGUGGAGCUCUGCUCUGCUAACGCAACCAACCUGUUUUGUCGAGUUCGAUGAACCUUUGACAUUACAGUUGCGAACAAGAAACCUUUGCUGACUGCUGCAGAGAGUGCAUGUAAAACUGACAUCAAAUUCAACGUUAUUUCGAACGAUUUUUCCAUGAUUAGAGCGUACUUGUUUCUUGGCGAUUGUCACGAUGAUGCGUAAAAAGGGCGCAAAAGCGAACAAACGAAAAUGGUUCCUCUUACUAUAGCCUCUGUCGCCGGAGAAUAUACCCUCGUUACGGUAGCGUACUAAAAAAGAUCCAGUUUCGAGUGUUUACACGAGACCAAGUGAGACCGGCUCCAAAUGAGUACGCCUUCGUAGGUGAACUCAAAUGAGUACGGCUAGGUGAUCUCGAAUUAGUACGGUUAGGCAGGUCUCGUGUAAACAGAACGCGUAAGUGAAUUCGAAUGGAUACGGAUCUUUUUGGAACCGGUCUCAUGUAUACAGGGUCUAAAGGAAUCGGUUUCGAAGAAAUUGGCCCGUGUUGCUGCACCUGUAAAGAACCAGCAUACAGAAAAGUCAAGCUCUUCUGAAUUUAUUAGGAAAAUUCCAAGUUAAUAAUGGAAUUAAACUCGUUUUGAUCCUGAAUCUAGAACGUAUAGUAGCCUGAAAGACAUGGAACACGUAUGAGGCUGAUAGGGGGAAAGAGACUCAAGCUGUAAAGCAAACUCUGCAUGUCGACAAAGAAUGUCAAAUAAUAUUUUCUCUGAUAAAAUAGCUUUAUGUUUUGGAAAAUUCAAUUUAGCUUUCCGAAACUUUGUUUUUAAUGCCAGCCUUGAAUUUAAUUAUUGUACGUAGAAUUUAAUAGUUUCAAGUAUAGUGAGCCACAAUGGGGUCGUAAAAGUAUGGAAACGUUAGUUCAAGAUGGCGGCUCACAGUGACUACGGGGCUAAGUCGACCAAUUUCAAAAUCAGGUUUGUGAGGUGAAGAGGCGAUAGUUUGUGGCGGUAAUAUGCAAUCGCCAUUCUUUCGACUUUCAGUUAAAAGAUAAUUUAAUUAUUGGUCUGCUGUUUUGAGAGAAAAAAUUCAGGAAAACUUUGAAGCAUUGCAUCAAAGCAAUUCUGUAAAAUAAUGUCAAAGUAUUCAUGAAAGAUGACCAUGAAGUGUCACUUUUUUAAAGAAAAAUGAACGGAAAAUGUUGAAAUUUGAAGCAUUGAAGCUUGUUUUUCAUGAAAAAAUUAUAACUGAUGAAGUUAUUUUAGUAGUGCACUUUAAUUUUACAGUUUCAAUGCUAACACAAGGUGAGUUGCUCUACAUUUGACGUUAAAGACUUGUUUAUUUUAAAUUCUGAUUUGCUUGUUUUCUAAGCACAUGGAAAUUGAAGCAAAACGUUCUACGUUUGUUCUGCUUUUAAAAUUAAUGAAAAGAAUCAUCUACACCCAAAGCGUCUAUGUUAUUUAGCACGCCAACUAUUUUGAUCACUGAUUGACAGAUUUAGAAAUUGUUCACCUGAUAUCAUUAUUACCAACCUAAAGCAUGAAAUCUCAGCCAAAAUUAUUUUCUCUGUAAUAUAUUUAAAAUCAGAACAAAGGUGCACGUAUUAAGAUUCAAGUUUAAACGAAUUAUUUUAUGCGUCUUAAGUCUUUCCUGUGUUUUAACGCAUUUUUUUAUUAAUCCUUUGAUAAUGUUUUCCAGAACAUUUCUGAAGCACCGGUACAACGUUUCCCUGGUUUUUUCCCACAGAACAGUACAAAAAUCUUUCAAAGCUAUAUUUAUUCAAAAGCCAUUGGGAUUACGCAAACAUUUUCGUACCGAAGGCGUUCGUUACCAAAACCCCUUAGCGCUGAACUUCUGUUUUAAAAACUUGUCGGCGUAGGCCCAUAGCUUUUAUGAGCCGCCAUUUUAGGCAGUGUUUCCAUACUUUUGCGACCCGAGUGUCUAUUAUUUUGUUUCCUUUAUAGCAAUUUUUUCCUUGGAUUUAAAUAAGAAAAGAAGUUAACAUCUGUGCUCUAUUUUACUUUGCAGUAUCCCUAACUUUCACGAAUCUUUUACUCUUUUGUGAUUCAAUUGGAUGCAAUUCUCAAAGAUAUUUUGCAACAGUAGUAAUGCAAUUUUUGUGUGAGAAAUGUAGCUUUUAGUAGCAAAAUCAACUGUAAAUAACUCUCUUCUCUUGAAAAUUUUUUAUGUAUCGGUUAUCUCUGUAGAACCAAAUAUUGACAGCACGGGUAGAACGGCUCAUCCCAUUUCAAAGAUAGUAUUUAGCCUUAGGCCUUUUUGUAUUUGUUGCUACCUAGCAUCCGAAGGUAGUUUUUAGGACACUCAGAAGCUAUGCUUAUCGAGCAGUGUCCUGGUCCUUCCUCUCGAUGUGACCACACCUCGUGAUUCCUAUGCCUGGAAUUACAGAGAGCUGGCGACUCUCCUCACUCUGGGUAAAGGUUUGGUCAUGCCAGGGACUCGAACCACGGACCGUCCUCGCACACCCUUGCCGCACAGCAAACUACAUAUUCUUCUCCUAUAAUCUCAACACUGCGUGGACUAAGACUAAACUUCUUCUCCUAUAACCUCAGUUUUCUUCCUUGGUACAGUGGAUGGGUAGAAACAACUAUCAAAUAAGGCGUCAAUAUUCUUUUGGGAAUAUAUACCGAAACAGAUUUAUAGAUGAAACUGAUUUGAUUUUACAUUUAUUAUUAUCAAUUUUGUACAUCCUUUGUCAUCAGAUUUAUAUAUACAUGUAGUUCAAACAUUAGUGUCUCGAGAUUUUGUCUUUACCGCCACUCCUGUGUAAACAUUUUCCUACUAGCUCAAGAUCCAUUUGACACUUCUAUUAGCUGCAUAGCUUUUAUGGCAAAUAUGCCUAUAUGGAGGAUGAUGCUCGAUCUUCAUUGAAAGAUACGCACAAACCAGCUACUUUAGAGGAUUUGUUUCCCUAAAGAAGUAAGCACUUGAAAAUCCUUUUUGAUCCGACAAAGAAGGAAACUAAUCACAUGUUAAACUGCAUAACCCACUUUUAAUCCAAAGACACUUUGAGCGAACAGUUGAAGCAAUGUCCCCGAAAAUUUCUCCAUCACUGUUACCCUCUCCAGAGUGGAAGAAUGUUUAACCAUCUCCUGGCGUUGAGUCAAAGAUCCCAAAUCUUUCCAAUAUAUAAAUAAGCAAGAUGUGGUUAUAAUGUAAUGGCUCUAAGAUUAAUAAGCAAUGACUAAAUAACAGCACUUCCUCAGUGAAUUUUGCGUCUUCUCUGGCCAUUUUUAGCUUCACUGGCCAUACAUCUGUCAUUUUUUAAACGACAGACUUUUUGACCUCAUAAAGUUUUCAACAUUGGUUGAUAUAAAAAUUCCCGUAGAUUUAUCAACCAAUGCAAAAAGGAAAACCACACGGGUUAAACACAUUUACUUGUUCUAUAACUGUUUCAUAACUAACAAUGUGAAGAUGGGUUUUCAGUGACUUUAUAUUAAUCGAAAGUGCCUACGAGAUAUGUUUAAGAGUUACCAUAAAUUUAAUAAGCAUUAUUUUAUAGGUAUUCUAAUGAAGGUAUUAUUUUUGUAGUACAUUCUCUUUCAAGGAGUGUACCACUUGGCUGUGUUAGCCUUUAGCAACUUGAUACUCACAAACUAUAAUUCUAGAUAAAAGGCUGGAAUGAAUCGCAUUUAUUGAACUGAUCAAAAAGGAGAGGGUGAGAGCUUAGAAGAAGCCUUUUCAUUUCACGUCUGGCUGUAUUACGAUUGGAUAUUUAAAGGCAGAUUUUGUUUCAGCAUGAUGGUUUCGAUACUCCAGACAUGAAGCAGAUUUCUGGAAACAAUACAAUCUUCUUCUUCUGACUGUCCUGUUUUAUCUGCAAACCAAGAUACGACUAGAUUAAAAUAUUUUUCAAAAUCCUUUCAAAAUGCAAACAAUUUUAAAAAUUACCAGUUCAUCGACAAGCAACUAGCAGGUACCAAUCUGUAUCUUAAUAGGCCACUAACAGGUAGGUAGCCUGGAGACCAGCCGGCGUUUCCUAUGGCAACUAUUAGGCCUAUUUGUUUAAAGAAGCAGGUGGUAUUUAAUACGCUUGACCAUAUAGCUAUUCAGCAUUUGCUCUAAAUUGAUUCUGAAAACUUUUUUAACGAACGUUGAUAAAUUAUGAAACGUUAUACAAAACCAAGCUAACUCUUGUGGCGAGAAACUGGGAACGUGUGAUGCGUCAGUCGCAAAUUCCGCACUUCUAGAACACGCAUCAGCAUUGUUAUUCUUUGCUUCAGCUCAAGCAACUGGUUACAACUUGAAAGCCAUUUGGCCUAACUUAGGAAGAUUUCUAAAGAACUUUUGUGGAGAUAUUUAUUGACAUAAAGACACAGAAAGGCAAACUGCUAAAGUUCAACAUGUCUGACAUCUAUCUUGGCGAAGAUGUCCAAGUUACGCUCACAAUCGUUUACAUUUUGUUGGCAAUCGCUUCAGUCUGGUUGACGCUAUUUUCUCCCUACAUCUUAGAUUGGAUGGGCGUCAAAUUUAACAAAAAGCCAAAGAAUGUUCGUGACUGGCCGAAGAUUUUUCUGAUUUUGCUCAUCCUUCAGCCGUUCACAUUCUUGAUGUCAUCCGUCGGGCUUUGGUGGCUGGGUGCAUUUGCUUACGUACCCCCGGCACAUUUUGGAUUGACGUUAAUCUCCUUCAUUGCCAUCGAUUUCUUCAGGGAGGAAGAACCGUGGGAGAAAAAAUAUGACUACACGAGAUUUUAGCUGUGUGAGGAACUGGCAAUCUAUUUUCAAGAAUGUCCAUGACACAAGCAAAAUAUGCUGGAGACAUUUAUUCUAAACAAUCGGAGUAUGUAUUGCACAUAACUAAGUUUAAUAUUUGAGAUUUGCAAACACUUUCCCAUCAAAUCAAGCACAUGAACUGCUCGAAAGACUGAAUACAUUAAGAUCGAUGGAAGAGCUUCAAGCAUAUAAUGUUUUAAUGAAGAUGUUUGUAAUAUUGUAAUUGUUUAAUGUUCCUUCGUAGCGUCGCCUUGAUACGCAGCAGCGAUUCUUUCAGUACCAAGCUUAAAGAAGAGAGCUUAAACGCUAAAAAAUUAGCAAUUAAUUUCUUGACUGUUUUCAAAGACAUUUCCUAAACAUUUCUCGCUUGCUACUAGCAUCGAUAGAUUUUUACGACUAAUUUUCGAUGUUUUGAGAAUGAUCAGUUUUUAAUUUACAAAAAUUGUUAAUCAAAAUAAUUUUCAGCCUCUUUUUUA